AGUGCACUGAACGAUGAGCACGAUAAUCUGGAUGCUGCGCGAAAGAUUGAAGCUGAGGCGUCAAGGCGUUUCGGUGGUCGAUUCAAUUCAAUUGUUUCUGAUUCCGAAUUUGCUUACGUGAAUUGGUACGGCAAACGCAACUGUCAAUUACGGGUCCGCGGAAGGCACUCGCUUACUUGGGAAGAUUAG